GAGCUCCUGAAUGCAGCUUUGACUCUGCGGAGCAGUUGGUUGAGCGAAGAAGAUAAACGAAAGUAAACUUUUACCGACCCGGCCGGCGGUGUACCUGAUUCUCAAAGUUAGGUGCUCCCAUUUUAAGCGGAACGCUAAAUAUAGGAGCUGUAUACACGAAAAAGGCAGUUUUCUAACCGACAUUACUAUGGCACAUUAUAAAGGUCCAGACCCCAAGAGGGAACAGUUUAGGAGAUACUUGGAGAAAGCUGGUGUUGUUGACAGUCUAACUAGUGUUCUAGUGUCGCUAUAUGAACAACAAGAAAAGCCCAACAACGCUUUGGAAUUUGUCAAGCAGCAACUCGGUGCUGUUGGGCAGACUUCAGAAGAUGCUGAGGCUCUGCAGCAGGAGGUGAUUAAUCUCAGGCAAAAGUGUGCACGCUUGGCAGGGGAAAAUAAAGAGCUUAAAGCAAAGCUCCAGCGUUAUGAAUCUGUACCUGACGAUGGAGGCACAGCUAACUAGACCCCAACCCAACAGCAUUUUGUUUCUACGUUGCUAUCACUUUAAAAAUUGAAGGCGAGACAACACUUAGGUGAAAACUAAACAUUUUUAUGUUGCUGUUUUGUCUUUUUUAUAAAUCGCAGUUUCUACUUUACUACUUUUGAUUUAACUUAUUUUGUACAUGAAUGUAUAUAAGUGUUGGUUUUUUUUGGUUCAUUUAGUCUUUAGUAUAGCUUUAUAGUAGAAACUGACUUUCAGCAUGACGAGUGGGUUAGUAAUAGACAGUAGUCAUUAAGCUGUUUGUUUUACUUUCCUGUCUUGUUAAGAGGACACACACUGAUCAAUGUAUGUGUGUGUUAUUUACAAAAAUCUGGUGUAGGUGCACAAAAAUAUAUCACAUCUAAAAUAAAACAUGGCCUUGUAAUCAC